AUGCGACGUGGAAUGAGACGAGAAGAGACCCAAAGACAGGCCAGGGGAAGAGGAAGGUCGCUCGUACCUGCGCUACAGCUCAAUAAGAAGAGGGUUGCGGUACCCGCUCCUUUUCGAUCCCCAUCUGAAGAUAAUUUCAACUUUACUCCCGGAUAUUUAAUACUAAAAAGAAUUAAAUUUUCAGCGAGGAGAAGAGAGAGGAAGCUGAAUGAAACAGAAAAGACGGAGCAGACAAGAUGGAGGGGCCAGUUUCCGGUGAGUGUAUCCUCGUGGCCGGGGUCCAAAACAGGCUUACCAACAUCCCGCCUCUUGGGGCUGAAUGCUAAUCAGGUGGGCAGUGAAAAUUUGUACACGAAGCAGCUUUACACUACCACAACCUUCGCAUAUAUUUCAACUUUUUUUUCUACCCUUUUCAACGAUUACACAGCUCCAAUCCGUUAUAGUAGAGCACAAAAGGCACUGGGAAAACUCCCAGCGAAGGCAAAGCCAUUAUACCGAAUUGGGCCAUCGAUAAACAGAAGAUUCUUAUCCCUUUGA